AACAAGAAGAGAGAGAGAGAGGUAACAAGAGAUUAAGCAAAUACGAGUGUGUGGGUUUUGUUUUAAUCAUUGGCUUGUAAUCUCUGUUUUUGUUCUUGAAAAACACUUUUCUGGUUUUGUGAACAAAGACAAGUUUUGGUAUUUGAUUUCAUCCUAAGUUAAAGUACUAAGAAAAGCUUUAAGUAAGACCUAACAAAUAUGCUUCGCGUAUAUAUACUUGCAUGAAUGAAUGCUUCUUACCAGUGUUGAUUUUUUUUUAAAAAUCGUAGGCUAGAGAUAGAACAACCACUGAACAAGGAGGUAGAGAUGAAAAAAGAAGCAGCAAAAGAAAGCAAACCUGAAAAAAUAGCAAAGAUGAAGCAAGUAGAGGAAGACAUAUCAAAACAUAGUGAUGGUGAGUGGACAGAAGAAGAAGGACAUGCAAGAAAGAAACAAAAACUUACAGGUCAAGACAAAGAAGGGCAUGAUUUUAAAAUUGAUCAUCAUAGGGAAGAUAGACUGAAGAAACAAAUGGAAAUCUGUACGAAGAAAAGCGAGAGCUCAGAGUUUUACAAAUCAUUCUUAAAACAGCUCAAGUCUCCUGACGUGUCAGGCCACUUUCGCCUCAUGUUAGGCUCUGAAACACAGCUGCAGAUGGUGAUUUACGGUUUGGGAAGCAUCGAGUCUGAUGAAGAUUCGAGGUUUCAGCUGAGCAUUGCAAUCUUGAUGAAGAGAGAGUUUGAUUGGGUUAAUAACAACAUUGAAGUGUUUGAUCCAGUCCUCUCCGCAACAGAAUCUAGUGUCAUAACAUCUUUUGGUUGCACGGUUCUGUCUGUAAACGAGGAAGCUCGCAGGGAAGCUUUAAAACCUACUCUUUUCUUCAUGCCACACUGUCGUCCCAAUCUGUACGGAAACCUACUGGAGUCAAACUGGAGAAUGGAUCGAUUGUCCAAAAUUGCAUUGUUAGGGAACAGCUUUGAGAUGUAUAAAGACACAGUGUUCAAUAACCAAAAUCUGAUCCAGUCCAUCAAACGAAUUAAAGCUGCACAAAGAAUAACGACCGAGUUUGCUAUUAAUACUGGAUCAGAAGAUGUUUACGAUUGUGCAUUCCAUAUUUUAAGCUGGCACUUUUUUAGAACCGGUGUAGAUUGUGAGCUGCCAUCUUUACAAUGAGUUUCACUAAAUUAGUGUGA